AUGGAGAAUGUUGAUUUAUUGGUCCUUGUGCAGCGGGCUGCGGACCAUCGUGGUUAUCUGGAGGUUUUAAAACCUUAUAUCACACCAGGGACCAUUGUAGUUGGAUUACCAGGAUGCCCGGGUUUUGAGUUUGAAGCACGGCAUGUCCUAAGUGACCUACUGGGACUCUGCACGAUCAUGAACUUUGAGUCUUUACCAUGGGCGUGUCGUACGACUGAAUUUGGUUUAAAAUGUACAGUUCUUGGCACCAAAGAAACCUUACACGGCUGUCUUAAGGUAGAAAUUAAAAUGCUAAGUUGUUCAACUACGCAAUAAACACAAUGUAGAGUCUGUAGGCACUUUCAGGACUGAAUUCAACACAUAUAUUCCAGAAAUUCUUCUAUAGAUAACAUGUUUUGAUUCCUGGAUGUAGGACCACUAAGAAGAUGAUAGGUCAAUGACUUAAGUAGCAUCUUGAAAAGGAAAUAUUCUGUACAAAAAAAGGUAUUCAGUAAAGUUUAAGUGUUUACUAAAACGAUCUAAAACGUGCCGUGUGCUUUCUCAUUCAGAAAGCGACGUUCCGUAUUUUUGAUUGAGUAAUAACGUGAUGGUCUUAUAAUGGUAAUCAAAGUUAGUUUUUUUUUGUUACCAAGAGGCAACAUUUUAUGAAAGUUGCAGCUCAUCUUUUAUUUUUCUUUGUAAAGAUGGCAGAUGUGCCAGUGAACAAGGACCCAGUUGCGACACUUCAGUAUCUUCUAGGACCCCUUCCUCAGCUGAAAGUGUCAGGUCAUCUACUGAGUGUUCAGCUAAUGAGUACAAAUGCCUACCUUCACACAUCAAUAAUGUACGGACAGUGGGCGGAGGGGUGGGAUGGAAAAGCCUUCGAUCAGCCACCUUUGUUCUACAAUGGACUUACCGAGGCAGCUGCCGACCUUCUUUGUGGUAUGUCUGAUGAGGUUGUGAAAACUGCGAAGGUCAUCACAGAGAAUUCAGGAGCCGAUAUGUCAGAGGUAAGUUCAGCUUGUUUUAUUGUUAAUAUUUCUUUUAAUCUUUAUCCUAACUCGCUCUGGUUUCUUGAAAGUCUUUCAUCGAUUUUCAGAGAUUUUAUUAACAAUAGUGUUAGUCAUUAGAGGACAUAUGUUGCUAAAAGAAACAGUAAUUACCGAUCUGUAAUUUUAGUUGGUGAGAUGUUAGGUCCUAAUUCGAUUGCCGACCCGACCAUCACUCAAGAAUAAAAAAAUAGCUCGCCUUCCUACAGUUUUGGGAUUUGGUUUUCUUUAAUCAUAAUGUCUUUUUGUUUGGCGGUCUGCGGUCAGCGGUCAGCAGGAAAGAUGUCGGUAAAUUUGUUAGUUCAGUUAAUAAAGUGAAUUCAGCUUAGUAAAAUGCGUUUUCUUUUUCUUCUUCUUCUUAACUUCUUAUUUCGUGUUGCAUGUUGCCUUAUUUCAUUUACGUUCCAUUAUGGGAGGUCUAACGGCAGUAGAAUUCACUAAUUUAUUGUUUUGUAUUCAUAUAUCAAGUAAUAGCGUUUUUCCUCUUCUCUUUCUUUUUUUUUAUAUGUGUAUUUGUGCAUUAGUAUCUUAGUUGACCUGUAAUGUAUAUUCCAUUUAAUGCUGGUGUCAACUGGCUACCUGGCUCUACUAGCCCUUAUGGUUAGUUCAGGAGGCCAGUACUCUAAUUUUACUUUCAAUAUUUUCAUUGCCUCAAUUUAUUAUUGAGCAAGGGUGAGUACACGUAAAGAUUGUAGUUUUUGUUGUUUAACAAAAAAACUCCCAAAAAAUGCACGUUUUGCCCCAAUCAAGUGUCAAAAAGCCCUUUAUUUCACUGAUGGUGGGAUUGGGUGGUAGAGGCCCCUCGACUCGAAUGGGACCUUCGACUGAAUGACCUGUGUUGUUAUGUACUCGUUAGCACCCAUCUCCUUUGGGUAGCCGGGCUGUGUCCAAUAAAGCUGGAGACAAAGCUAAGGGGUCAACCGUUUUACUUCUGGAAGUAGGAUGGGGUGACCUAUGGGGUGGAUUUGGGGUAGGCAUGAUUUUUUCAACCCCUUCAUUCAGUGCGAUUUUUUUUCCUUCUAGUAUGUGCCAGUUGCAUGAUAUUUUUUUCCUCCCUCAAACUCUUUGCGUUAUUUUUUUUCUGUAUGUGUUUUUUGUGUAGAUGGUGGUGAAAACUUUCCGUUAUCACAGUCUAAAGAAUAUUUGAAAUUAUAAUCUUUGGACAAGCAAUUUUUAUUUUUUUACUGACCUUGAUAACACAGGACAUUUAUAAAAGCAUUUAGAUCGGGACCCCUUCGCAAUGGUUAAAGGAGUCAGGCCUAUCGGAACCGUCUGGUAAUAAAUUCACGAGUGCAAACGACAAAAUAUGUAGUAUAGCGCGAGGCUUCCACUAAGAGGGAAAGCACUUAAAUUUUGAAAACAUUACACUGAAACCAGAUAGGUUUAGAAGAGACUGGGCAAGGCUUCGUUUUAUUGUAACAGUGUUGCGCAAAAGUACAGCUAUUAUCAAAUGAAAAGAAACGACCAUACCACUUAUUAGAUCUUAUUAGUAUGCAGGAAGGCACUGACAAAGCACUACUGAGCUUCGAAUGUUAAAGAAGGGAAGGCAAGGGAAAGUCAAAACGGGGCUUAUCUUUGACGGUGAGCAAAACACUGACCCCUAACCCAUGGACUGCCCCCAUGGACUAGCCCCAUGGACUGCCCCCAUGGAAUACCCAUAUGGACUACCUUAAAAUGGACUAUGCCGCUGAGGUUUAGUGAUUAGGUUCAUCAGGGUCCUUAUGCUGGGAAACUGACCUGCACUUGAUUCACUCAGUUUGUCAACCCUAAUCACUAAACAUUGCUGAAGGUAGACUACUCGUCUCCUUUCUCUGUCAGACUCUGUCCGAAGUAUCAGAAGGUUUUGAGAAGUAUCGGAGGAGGGAGAAAAAAAUGGCUCUUUUUUCAUGUAAAUUCUCUGAAGUGUGCGCAUUAUACAUUACACACAUUUUGCAAAUGAAUGUUGGCAAAUGCCAUUUAUACAUUUGCUUUAUGAAGCUUUUAAAUAAAUUUUAUUAAGGUUACGAAAAACAAAGCACGAGACUAAUUGCAAUUGAAAUUCCCAUGGUCAAGUAGUUUAUCCUGAAUAGUUAUCGACAAUCUCUUGGCUAAGCAUGUAUUUCCUUUAUGUUGUUAUUUUCUUUCUUUAUGUUCUUCAUUUUCUUGCAUAAUUAUUUAUACGCUAUAAUCACAGUUAGUAGGUGACAUUAAUGACCCUUAGAAGUUAACAAAUCGAUAAUAAACAACAUCUUCGUGGUUGACUUUACGUAGCAACAAUAUGCAGGACAAUUUUUUUUAGUGACUGAUCUCUUCUUAGUGAUACAAUCGAAUGCCUUGAAGCCUUAGCCGGCCAGGGAGUUUAGCUUGUUUGGGCGACCGUUGGAUGAGUUUCCGUCUAUUUAAGGGCCUGACUGGUCUGAAGUUGUUACACAUCGGAGUACCGUUAGGUGUUGUCAAUAAUCGCAUCAUCUCCAGCUGCAAAUAGCAAAAAAAAAGAGAAGAAAAGGAAAGCUUGAAACGAAAAUAAGCAUCUUUCAUAACAAUCAUGACGGUUAUUUUGAGAAACCAUAAAUGUCACUGAAGAGUUACUUACAUGUUACGUUGUUAGAAACGGUUCAGUUUUUACAGUUUGCGUCGAUGUUAUGUUACUAUACAUUCUCCGGCUAUUGUUGUAUUAUUUUUCGGCAAGUUUAAACAAGCAAGAACGUCAUUAAUUGAAGCAUUUGCAGGCAUGAAUGUAGUAUGUAAUCCAUCUGUGCCUUUAUGCCAAAAUGCAAUUUGAAAGCCGCUCUGGUCAAAAAAGCGUCCAUUUCCCCUGGACUCUUCUUCUGCAUCAGCCACUGACUUGAUCCACUUCAUUGAGAAUAAUAUCGUAUUAUUUUAACACAGAUAGUAAGCAUUACCUGAGACUCGGUAACCGAAAUCGGAUUUUUCAUCACUAUCCAUUGCACUGAUUCAUAACAGGGUGGGGUGGUAAGGGAGCCUUUGUACGCAUAGUAAGGGGCGUUCUUGGAAGCCAACUCUGGAACAAGUUUCGACAAAGCGAUGCUGUCUCCAAGGUUAUAGUUGAUCUCUUUAAGGAAAAAGAAAGAAACAAAAACGGAGUAUAUUAUCCGAUAAACUGCUAUUUCAGGCGCGAUUAAGUCAGACACAAUAUGACAAUUAUAUACAAGAACAAUAAAGGAUGUUUACCAUUUGCAGUCUUAACAUUCCUUAACGAAACGGCGAUGUAUUCCAUCCAUUUACUGAAUCCUCCAUCGACCUGAAUUAGAGCAAGGUAACCAAGUCCGAGAGAGUAAAAGCGUGGCUUACGUUAAGUGAACAGGCAUAAUUAAACAUAAAAACUCUAACAGUUAAUGAUUAUCAUUAAUUUAUUUUCCAAUAAUAAUUUUGAGUUUCUGAUUUCGACUUCUCGGCUACAUUAACUGCCUUGUCGACACAAUAAAGGUGGUAAUUUUUAUCUUAUGUGUUGUUCAAAACUUUUAAAUAAUGUCACAAGCUGAUCGAACCCUAAUAUUAUUUAGAUAACCAAGGAUAAUACACAUAAGUCCUAUUCAAGAGUAAGGGAGGAAGGGUGCUACCGGUGUUUGAAUCGAAUUAGAUAACAGAGGGUCGAAAUUACAAUAUUUAGUUUUUUCAUCAUUAAAUACCUGUGAAACGUAUUUUAAUCUUUAUUAGUACCCAUACCUGCAAAAAUACUCCAAUGACGGCCAAGCCAUCAGGUUUGGAGGAAGCCACCUGGAAACUCUUGUAAACUGAAUUGUAAAACACCAAGUGCAUCUAUAAUAAAUCAAUCCAGAUUUAGUCACUGACCCUUUACAUUGAUUGAUUCUGUUGUCACAUGGGGUACAUUUCGAGGGCAUCAAAUAAAGUAGUAAGAGACGUAUUUAACAAUACUGUAGGGAUCGAUAAAAAACAGAGAAAUGAACUAUAGAUUAACAUUCCAACCUCUGAUGCAAAAGUCUUGCCAUCAAGCGUGUGUUCAGAACCAGCAGAGCUGUUACAGCCGAAGUGAAAGUGAAACUGUUGCAAUACAAACAUGUUCUGUCCCAGGGGACCUCCAGUGACAGUUGCUCCGCCUUGGUUGUUAUCAACAAACACUUUGGGGGCGUGUCCAUUAUUAAUCAAAUAUCCGGUGACAGCGCCAUUCAUGUUAUCAAAGUUGACUACUAAGUCAUUAUGGGUUGUGUUGACUUCAGCCAAACUUGAAACGAUAUUGAUGGGGGACUGCAACUGUCCUGAACAUGGUGGCGCUACUUUUCCCCAGUCUCCUGGCCCAUAAUCUACAAUAAAAAAUAAAUAAUUGCGGAUAAAACUCAACGAAAAACCGAUUCCUGAGGAUGCAGUAAUGUGGAAAACUGAUUUAUAUCAAAGUAUAUAUCUUGCAUGUUUUCCAUGAAAUAGAGUUCUUUAUUUACUAUUUCGAAAUACUCCGCAGUGAGAGUAGGCACGGCUCAACAUCGUGAGGCCACUGUCGUCUAACGACAUGCUCGGAACAAUUUAUUUUAAGAGCUUAAACUCCAAGUAGAACUCAAAAGAACUGUAAAAUCUGCAAGGACAGCUUAGAAAAAUAGAAGCGAAGAGAUCCUAGAUCUUGGUGUAGACUCAGUAUAUGGAAUAUAGAAUAUAACUUCAAAUGAAAAAAAAAAUAAAUACAAAGGGUAUUAGAAGUUUUGUUUGCUUAUUAUCACAAAUAUUGUUAUAAAAAGUGGACGAGUGAUUGAAAUGAGGUUGGGUAAUUUGCUCGUAAAUAGGAAAAUCUUUAAUCAUGAAAGAGCUGCUAUAUAAAAUAAUACCUGGUCCUUACUUUUAGUCUUAAUACCUCCUACAGGUUUGUUGUCGUUUAAUUCUUGCACUCUGAUUCAAAUUAAAAUGCAUCCCGCAAUUAAUAGUUUUUGAAAAUCCGAGUUCAAAACUCGGCAAAUGUUUUACCUGACUCUUUAUAUCCCCAAUGCGGAAAUCCAUCUGAAAAAAAGUAGAUCAGUAAUACGUUUACCUAGUGAGAACAGAUUUAUCUCCUGCAGCAAAAAAAUCACAAACUUUUUUGACAAAGGAAUUUAGUGGUACUAACUAGUCCAAUAUAUUUGAUAUUGAGACGUUCCUUCAGUUGUAAGCGAAACACCACGCACUGCCUUCCAAUCAGUAAAUAUUCUUAUUCCCAGGACUAAAUAAUUCAAAGGGUAUUAUACUCAGUCAGAGUAUGAUUGGAUUUGGCAUCCAUAAACCAUAAAGAUCUUAGACUCAUUCAAAAUAUUCACGCCAAAAAUAAACAAAUAAAAUAAAACAAACGGUUUUCCCAAUGUGAUUAAUAUUUGAAGCCAGUGCGAGUUAAGGUAAUCUAAAAUCAAACAAAGCAAAUUUAAAGAGAGAUAUUCCAUAUGGCUACAGUCUUGAAAUUAUCGUUUUAAAAGACCAUGCUGUCCAUCUAGCAGUUUGUUGUAGGUAGGUAUGAUUUACCGUUGUGAUUUAGGUUGGGAGAUCAUGUAACACGUAUGCGUGGGUUCUCCCGUCUCAGUUUAUUCUACUGUCCAAUUCCUUUUGAUUUUAAAAAUGAUUCAAACAACUACAGAUAUAUUUUUAUGUCAUGUAGAGGAAAUACUGAACUCAUUUAAAUGCCGUUAGGAAUGGAGAACUUACCUUUGCUGGCAAUGGCAAUGCUGAAAGCCGCGAGAAAAACGAACCCUGCUCUGGAGUCCAUGUUGUCUUCACAACACGAAAUCUGUACUCUAAUUAAAAGAAAGAAUUUAUCAGAUAAGAUUAAGGAGCUGGAGGUAAAUAGUUUUUCUAACCAAUCAGUAAGUAGGCUCAGUAUAAAAACAAAUUGAAUUGAUAUUCUAGCAAGUCUUCACUUUACUAUGGCGUUUUUUUCUCACAUUCUUUAAGAGUUAAUUUGUUUCUUACAUAAAGAAGUUAUUUUAUCUAAGUCUGUAAGUUUCUGUAGUAUUUGAAUUUGACUACAACUCUUCAAUAUGUACGUUUCCAUUUAAAUGCAGUUUAAAAUGGAGAACCUACCGUUUAUGAAAUAGAAAAGCCUUGAAAGCAGCGAGAAAACGCGAAUCCUUUUCUGGAGUCCAUCUUAAUCGCGUUUACAAUACGCAACCUGCCCUUUAAUUAAUUAAGAGAAAGAUUUUACAGAUAAAGUUAACGAGCUUUGAUAUUUCAUCAAGCCUUUAUUUCACGACGGCUUUCGUGUUUUUUUUUUGUUGUUGUUGUUGUUGUUUUGUCACAUUAAAGUAAAAUUGUUUCUUACAUAAAUAAGUUAUUGUAUGGAAGACUGUAUAGUAUAAAUUAGAUAAGCUUGCUCUUCAAUGUGAGUCCGAUUCCUGACAUAGUUCAUGGGUGUGUGGAAAUUUAUAAGUCUUCCCAAAAAGCUUUUGUUCUAUGCUAUUUCAUAGCAAUUUUUGAUUUGCAAUUCAAUUGUAUUUCAUAAUAACGUUAUAUUGGCGCUUCAACCUCCGAUGCAGGGGCAUAGCAAGGAUUUUUCCUCAGGUAAGCACAAGUUUCCGCAUCCCAACCCAAAUCUUUUUUAAAUACCUUGUACGCUGUAAGCCUAAGCGUAUUUACUGUUUAUGAAAUGAAAUAAGUUGUAUUUUGACACUCUUUUGUAUUUUGUGACAGUCUAGCUAAUGACGCUGUAGUGACUUAUUAUUUAUUUAUUUUUUAUAAAAGUGCUCUUAUCCAAUAGCUUUGCAAAUGUCGAUGAGUGUCCAAUAUAAAUCCGGUUAAGGACGAGUUUCCCGUCUCAAAUUUAUCCGUCCAUUUUUCCGUCUUAACCGCCGGACGGGAAAAUAAUACGGGGACGGGAAAUUCGUCUUACACGGAAAACCGUCUUAAAUUCAGAUUAGACGCGAAAAUCAAGACGACUUUUUUGUACUUGACCCAAGGAAAAGACCUGAACUAGAAAGCCAGCAGCUGUUUCUGAGUAAAAAAAAAUGUAGCCUAAGACUCAGAAGGUCACGAGAAGCAGAUGAAGAGAAACAACCAAGUUUACUAAGACGUAAGGAGAAGCAAGUGCAUACGCUCACAGGCGAAUUUAAUAGGGGUCGGUCAAGUGGACCGCAGUCACCCCUUUUUGUGUUAAAUUUUGUAUUAUUUUAAAGAAUUUUCAGUAAAAUAGACAUACAUAUCUAGAUAGCUUUGUUCAAGUGACCCGGCCGCCCCUUUCUGGAUUCACCCCUGUAACGUUGAUGCUUGAUCUUCGAAGCACUGACAUCUUGAAUAGAAUGCUCUUGGCUGUAUCAGCUGGAAAAGUAGCCGUUGAAUAAGCACGCGAACAAAGAACGGUUUCGACAGACUGGGGAAGAAUUGGAAGAUGUUUUGGGAGAUGACAGCUUUUUACAAUUUACAUCGGUCGCGACUUGAAGACGAUUUGAAUUCAUAUCGCUUGGUAUUCUCUCUGACGGAAUUCCGUCUGUGACGAGUUUGCCGUCUUCUAAUAUGAAUUCGGCCAGUAACGUAGCCGCCGCAAAUAUAUCUUUCAAUUAGCAAUUAACUAAUUUUGAAGCAGUAUUGCCUCAACUGUGAAAAGAACAUAGUUGAACGUAAAAAGUAAAGAUAAAAAACAGUCCAUACGCUCUUAAUCACCAGACAAAAUUUUAGAGGCAUUAAAUGAUAUCGUUGACGAUAUAAAACCCUUCUUAAUAUCCAGAAAAAUAAGACAAUAUUUGGAGUUUGUGGAUCCUGAAUUCUAAGACUGAUUUUAUUUAGAGGAGACAUCAAUUAUCAUUUCUCAGCUGUGUGGUAUGGGAGAAAAAAGCUUAAUACCAUUUAUGAACGCUCGCUAUUAAUCUUGAUUCUAUGUCUAUGUCAGGUUGUCAAGUACUUCAAGCUAUAUUAGGGCCAUUUAGACGAGGAAAAAUAAGACGCGUCUUACAUAAGACGCGUCUUAAAUAAGACGCGAACUUUUCGUAUAAACGGCACAUUUCGUCUAAAAUAAGACGCGGCUUAGCUAAGACGCGUCUUAUUAGAUAAGACAUGCUCGUAUAAAUGGUACAGUUCGCGUCGUAUUUAAGACGCGUCUUAUUUUUCCUCGUAUAAAUGGCCCUAUUGUUUCGACAAAAAUUUCUUCUCAUUUCUCUUUUGCCGUAGAUCCCCAUACCCCGCCCCGCCUCAUCUUCUCUGUCAAUGACAAGUGCUGCUCAAAUAUCAUGAGCUGAUGAAGAUACGUUAUAUCUUCCGACAGGUUGUUAACAUUUAUUAUUGGUACAUGCGAUGCUAUCCAGAAGAUAUCUCAGAUAAGACUAAUCUCUACACUGCAAUACAAACCAAUGCCGCGUACCAAGGGCUCAAACAUCCUGUCAAGAAGUCAGACGACGGCAAAUAUCUACCAGAUUUCACGUACCGUUACAUGACGGAGGAUAUCCCAUACGGCUUGGUUGUCAUCCGGGGUAUUGCCGAAAUUGUGGCGGUUGAGACGCCCAAUAUUGAUAAGGUGUUGCUGUGGUCUCAGGAGAAAAUGGGCAAAGAGUAUCUGGUGAACUCAAAGAUACAAGGCAAAGAUGUCGAGAAGUCCCGAGCGCCACAGAGAUAUGGAUUCACAACCCUUGAAUCCAUCUUGUAGGGUUUGACAAACCUGUAAUUGUGUCAGUAGAUAUAUAAAGUUUAUUAGUCAUAUUUUUUUAUAAAAUCGUGUAAGGUGUGGAUUGCAUUUGACCAUUUUGACCUAAUGUAUACUUUUUACACCUAAUCGGUCGAGUAAUAGUCUGCUACACAGCUGUUUUCAGUGUCGUCGCGCAUCGCUACUUCUCACAAACGGCUGCUGAGAAGUUUCGUGCUGUUAGCCAAUUAGAAUUCAGCUCCCAUUUUCUGGAAGGCGUUCGCGCCACGUUUGCGGCAUGGUGAUUCCUCCAAUCACAGCUUUGCAUUUAUCGGUGCCCAUAUAUGACUCAGAACAAUCAAAAUCGUCGCGUGAAAACAAGCAAUCAACUAGAGUGGUGGUGUCGUAGUCGAGCCCUAUUCAAAAUUUAUGAGAUAAGCAGCAGCAGCAGCAGUAGCAAUCAAGUCGAGCAAAUGUGAUGCACAGCAUAGAUGUGCUCAUAAAGUUGCCGGGUAUAGCUUCGCGAAAUCGCUCAUGGAUAAUUUACAAGAUUGGUCUUGUUUGCAUCAGUACCUUUGAGAGUUUAGUCUUCACAUGUACAGCAACACAAUGAAUGAGUACAUCCGGCACAUGAAAUUCAUCAUACAUAUGCACGUUACAAAGAACCAACCUAUCGAUAUCCUGGUAAGAGUCCUGUAGGCCUAUCAAACAGACACUAAAGAAGGCUGUGUGGGAACGAACGUUGCGUGACGACACCACGGCUGCGUAGCAAACAAGUCAAUUAACUAAGGGGUGAAACAUGCACAUUUAAAUGAUCCGUGCCGUGUGUAAAGCUUGAGAAGGAAGCCGAUAUGUAGGUCUUGCAAGGGUGUAGCGUCAAAGUCUGACACGGUCGAAACCCAUAGUAUUUUAGGUCGUAUCUGAGUUAGGGGUCAGACGGUUUAAUCAUAUGAAGGUAAUGUAAAAUUCAACGAUCCAUAAUUAAGGGCUGGAUUUCGUGUAAUACGUUCAAUAGGAGUGUUCCAGGUUAACCCGUUUCCCUAGUACCAAAAAUAAAUAAAUAGAUCAAUAAAUAAUCCAGAGAGCGGAAUGUAAAACCAAAUGAGGUGGCUCGCAGUGGUUUGUCACAUUGCCUAGCACUUUUUUUUACUGUAUCAAUAAUGCAUUGCUUUCUCAUUCGAUGUUGUAAUAAUGGUUCUGAACAAAUAGAAGUGAAGAAGCUGUGAUGACUAGUGUGGCCUCAUAGGUUCCCAUGCCAACAGCAUAUGAGACCUCAUCACGGUUUUGGAAGCCAUCUUCACGGGUAGGCAACCGAGUUAGAAAUUACAGUCGAAUAAUUUCCGUAAAAUUGCUGUUCGGAAAAAUUAUGAAUUGUACUGAAACUAAAGCUUCACUCCUAAUUAUAAGCUAGGAUUCCACUGAAAGAAAAAUUGAGAGCGUCGCCUGCGCUUGAACCACUUUUUAAAAUUUUCUAUUCACUUGUCUGUAAUAAUGUUUUUCCUGCAUGGCGACCAAAAAUUUCCCGAGAAAAAUUGCAGACAAAUAUAUGGAAAAUCUAAAGCAAGCGAUUGGAGAAAAUUAAACACAAGUACGGCCCAAAAUUUGUUAGUAUAAUCCUUGGCUAUGUAGCUUUAGUUUACAAUUUCUACCUUAUUCGGAACAGCCGUUUUACGAAAAUUAUUCGACAUUAGAUUCUCAUGCAUAUGACUGUACAAACACUGUUAUUUCUCACGCAAUUGUCUACGCGACAAGAUGCCUUCCAAUACCGUGUUAAGGUCCGAUUAUUUACAUCUGUAUGUUUUUAUUAUCGGAAAGUAAAUAAUAAAAAAAAAACUCAACAAGAUAGGUUUAUAGCCACCAUAAAGUUUCUAAUAUUUUGUCAUUGUUUAACGGAAUAAAAACUCGGACUGGAGACAUGCAGUUUACCUAUACCACCAGAUGAAUCUCUGGAAUAUUGUUAUUCUUUUAGUAAUUUAUGUUUCUCCUUAGCGUGUGGAAUCUUCUGACUUGGUACUUCCAUGCCCAACCUCGUCCCCAGGGCGCUUUUCCUUGGCUUCCAAGGAAACGACAAAAAUAUGAACGGCAAACUGAUCCUUACGGAAAGGCGAUAAAGAAGUAAACAAAAGAAUAAAACAAAAUAUAUAUAUAUUUAAACAAAUUGCCCAAUAUUUCGGUUUGAAAGCAAACCUUCUUCAAGGGCUAAAAGAAAAAUGCAAAUAAAACUUAAAGUGAACUAUAUCAAGGAAAAGAGCCCUGGGGACGAGGUUGUUCCAUUCCUUGAAAACAAUAUCAAAUGAUAUGUCGAUGACGCGCAGCCGGAUCUUCUGUCGGCCUGAAUCAGUGAAAAUCUUGAAUUCUAAAUGCAAAAAAACAAACAAACAAACAAACAAAACAAACACACAAACGAAAACAAAACAAAACAGGAAAAAAAAACAGUUAUUAAAUGAUCCUUACUGCAAGAAGAUUAAGAGAAUAAGAAUAAAAUACGAGCACAUCAAAAUUGUUACACAUAAUUUGCUCUUGCAUAUGGAAAAUCAAGAAUCAAAAAUGCGAUCGAAAAGACUAACCAUCUGUCAGAUUCGUAUCGUGGAUUACCGCACGUACGUGUGUUUAGCGAUACAAUGACGUCACGAGUUUGAAUUGCGUGACGGGUUACAGUAUUCUGUAUUCUCUUGCCGCCUGCCGAACGCAACAAAGUUCUCGAUUUAGAGGGGUUUUCCGACGGUGAGUGAAGGACCACGCUUACUAAGUUUCCGGAGAGAAGAUAGGGCUUAAGUUUCCUUUAUUUAAAAAGAUGGAGUCUCCUUUAGAUAUACAUAUAAAUAAUAUAUUUUCCAUGUCGAGGGCGCCGGCAGCGAGCGCCAAUUUGGUUCACACAAACACAAACUCUACAAAACGACUGUCUUCGACACAGCAACCAGUUUUAUAACCUUUCAUGUACUGAACAUUACCUUGUUACUUGCUUGCAUGUCCUUGAAUAACAGGGCCUAUUUUUUCAGCUGUUCUAUUAUUUUUAUCAAAAUAAUGGUGACCAGAACUAGGAGCAUUCCCAGAAGAAACAAGCUGUACUUUUAGACUGUAUUGUCAAAUUGUAUUUUCAAACUACUGUGAGUUCAAACUGUUUUGGCUGGAAACUAAAUCAGCCAAUCUAUUAAAUACUGAUGGCACAGGGAUUACAAUGCAUACGUCUAAAAAGGCCAAUCUCUUAAUCAUCAGAGAAAAGCGAACGACUGGUAUUUAACGUUACCUUUAUGAACGUCUGUGUACGGUUGUUAUGUUACGGUCCGUUACGAAUGAAUCAUGUUUGAAUAACCGGCUAACAUCGUAUGGUUCACAUCGAAUAAUCCGAGGGUAAGGUAGAUUCGAUGAUACAAUUCAAACACAUCCUUGCUCUCUCUACUUAUUUACUUACCAAGUUUAUCUCAGCGAUACAUCAACGUACAAAAUUAUAUUUACAUGAUAAAAUGUGAAUACAUAAUUACUUUUUUACUGUCACGCCAACGAAAAGCUUUUGAUAAUUGUAAAACACAAAACCGAGAAACCGGGAUAUGAAUUAGAAUACUUAAAAAGUCUUACCAGCAUCAGGUCCCGAUAAAAAAAAAAGUUCAAAAUGUAUGUAUAUAUUUUCCUUCUUUUAUGACAGUUUGACGCUGUUGAAUGUCGCCGGACGCAAAGUUAAGAAACUUUUACCACACCUCGGUGCUCAAACUCUAAGAGAGGGCUGGUGCAACUCUGUUUUGAUGACAAUGAUCAAACCAAUUGUACAAUGUGACAAUAUUAGUAAACUAUUUAUUGUCUGAAAAUCCAGCAUGUGCUGGAAGCCUUUAAACAGAUCGUUUUAAUAACCAUCCCAUGCAACAUGGCAAUAUGUAACAUUGGCCUAUGUAAGGCAAAAUCAAGACAAUAUUAAAGAGCCUCGCCUUUGAAGGCUAAAGAAUAUUUACGAGUAAUAUGAUAGCGGAACGUGAUUGUACAUGUAGUCUCUACAGUGACUGGAUGUACAAAUUACAGACAGGGCUGUCUUGCCACCGCCAGUAUAAGUCUGGCACUAUCCAUGUUAUAUUAACUGAUAGACAUUCAAAAGAAUGAAUUACACAGCUGAUUGGAGAUCUGGAUCAAACUGUAAUUGAAAUGUGCAAAGCAACAUGUUCCAUUGAAUUAAACAAAGGUAGAUCCACAUCAAGGCGAAGGAAAGAAGGUGUAAAGAAGAAAGGAGGAGCCUGUGGGAAACUUCCCACAGAAUGGAAGAUUUAUUUAGAUGUGCUGUCAACUACUGAGCUGUUUAUUUGCUAAGGCUGAACCGUAUAAAGUAAUAUCAGAAACUCAUAAGGGGUUGAAACGUAUAACUCUCAUAUGUUUGCUUUGUCCGAUGCUCGUGAUUAUUCAUUUUCAAAAGUACCAUAUUUGGAACGAGAAGAAGAGAUAACUGACCAAUCAAACUUCGUAAACAACGUGACGUAAUUUUACUUCAGGUUCCCGCGCCCGCUUAAAAAAAAUGGCCGACAAACCCCCGACAAACGGGGGAAAAACUCCCGAGAGCCGAGAAAGCUUUCAAAGGUUGAAGCCAGGAAUCUUACCAAAACACUGAGCAGGAUAUUAUUGCCUUACCACCCGGGCCAAACAUAACAUUAUGAAACCCAUUGACGUCCUCGCAACUUCUUGAAGUUGUCACUUCAAAAAACGAUGCCUUGUUGACCCUCUGCACGGUAAACUUAUACUGCAAAUAGGCUUUUAAAAUUCGUAUAUUAAAAGUCUAGAAUAAACAGUAAAAAAUCUUUUCGAAUAAAAUUCAUUAGCUGCGUAUCGAAAAGUGUCCAAAACCUGAACCUGACAUCUUCGCAAAAAGUGAUGCGUGUAAUGAAUAUGAGAAGCAUUUAAGCUUUUACAGCUUGGAUAUUGUAGUCACGGUCGCGUUUUGAGCUCAUUUUAUGUAUGAACAAACUCAAAACAAUAGACAGAGAAGCCGUUUCUUGAAAAUUUUUAUUCAGAAUCCAAAAAGUCAAUCCCUUAAAGCAAUUCGGAAAACACUAUCUGGAUCGUGGAUCCGUUCACGCAGGUGAAAUCGGCUAAGAACAUGGCAAAAUCACAAAAUCCAUCUCAAAUCGGGGCACAUUUUGUAAUUUUUUUUAGCGCCGAUGAGAAAAAUUUAUAAAACGUCUAUGAAACAUUUAAAAAUACAUAAGUUCCCUUACAAAAACGUAAUUGUCUUGGCCAUAGAGUGCAAAAUGUUCCUGAAAAUUCAGCAAAAACUUCACUACCUUGGUUGCAUUUCAAAACAGACCAUGCGCUCCGUCGAGAAGAAAACAAGGUUGAAUUCCUCGAAGGACGAUUUCUUGAUGAAAAGCUUCCCUUCCUCCGCAAAAAGACAGCUGAGCAUUCUUUUGAACCCUCUCUUUCAAUUUUUUGUCUUUUAAGGGUGUAUUUUUAACCUUGAAAUGCAGAACUCUUGCCUUAAAACAUCUGCAUGGUGAUCGCGCGGCAGCCAUUUGUUUAAAAUGGAUAUCUGUCACUAAGGUUUCCAAAUAUAAUAAAAGUGAAUAUUCACGAGCAUUGAACGCGAGUUACACGUUUCAACCCCUUAUGAGUUUCUGAUAAUAUUCAGCUUUUGAAAUCAAGGCAGCAUUUAAAUAAUGGUUAUCUAAAACGUGCCUGUGGAAUUAACUUUUCUAAAUGUUCUCUCAUUUUUUUUAUAAGACAUGAUGAGUUCAGCAGACAUCAUCAAGCUGUUGAUUUGUGGGAGUGGAAAUGGGGCACAUGCCUUUGCUGGAAUUGCAUCGUCUAUGAAGGGAACAGAGGUUAGGGUGCUCAGCUUGUAUCAAGAUGAGGCAGAGCGUUGGAGUAAUGCAAUACAGAAAAAGGAUCUCGAGGUUACUCUGAAUCGUGCAGGAAAAGAUCCAACUACAAUCGUGUCUAAACCAGCUCUGGUUACCAAAAAUCCAGAAGAUGCCAUGAAAGAUGUUGAUAUCGUCGUGUUCGUGCUGCCAGCAUUUGCCCAUCAAGUUUUCUUUGAUGCCAUUCAACCUUAUAUAAAGCCUGGUACUAUUAUUGUCGGCAUGCCAGGUGGACCAGGAUUUGAGUUCCAAGCUCGUUCUUUGCUCGGUGACACAGGGCGGCAAUGUACGAUUAUGGAUUUUGAGACGUUACCUUGGGCCUGCCGUAUCACUGAGUAUGGAGUGAAAUGUGAAGUUUUUGGGACCAAAGAAUCCCUCUUAGGAGCCAUGAAGGUAUCUUUUUAAUUUAUAGCUCUUGGUAAUUGAUUAACAGAUACAAGAUCUGCUCUUGUAAUUAGACUUUGAAUCUAGGAAAAGGUCUCUUUUCGUGAUUAUUUCUUUGUUUAUAUAACAGACUGUAAGUUAAAACCUGCCUUUUACCUAAACCUAAAAAAUGUUCCAUGUAUCCACCUCUGUUUCAUGACAAUCAAUUUGCAUUCUGUUUUCGAGUGCACAGUAUCAAUAUUUGCCCCAUUGUCCCCUUCUGAUGCUGUUCCGCUUCUCUUCGAAGAAAAGUGAGUGUAUUUUUGGCACAGAAGCUUACCAUCUAAAGUAUCUGCCUUUCACUGCAAGGCCGAUUUGAUGGCUGAACGUUUGAAGGUGUGCUCUCAGCAUGCACCGCAGUACGUGUAUAAAAUCGAUCCCCUGAACUAUGGAUGCGUGCAUUUAAAAAAUGUACGUUUUGCAAAACCCUUAGCGUCCUCAGUUGCUGAAAUAGUACUUAUUAUUAGCCGCUGCGAUGGCACUGGCGUUAGUAUUGGCAUGGAUACGUGUUAGUUCCUAACUCCCUCAAUUUGAGUGAAUGUACUUUUAUAACGUGAGCCUUUUUUUAGAUAGUGAAAAAUAUGUCGCUAGAGAUUUCAGCUUUCCUAUAGCGAAACAAAACAAAAAGUUAUCUUAAAAAACACAAAUCUCUUUUUCCCUGAAGUUUCGUGGAGCAACCGGUCAUUUUUCCUCGCUGCCUGGAAUUUGUUUGUGGUGGUUGUCGAACGUUUAUUCCGUUGGAAUGAAUCCACACUUGCUGUUAAAGCCAGAUGAUGUAAACGAGAAAAAUAGUUGGUGAUCGAAAACCCGUCUCAAUGAAAAGCCGGAGUGAGAAUUUUAUCCAUCAUAAAGUCAGUGCCAGCUCUUUUUGUUCCCAGAAGCACCUAACAUCAUUAUAUAAAGGCAUGCGCGCGUAAUAUACAGUAUGUUUACCACAUCACGUAACUAAAGCUUGAUACUUUCUUACCUGUUUGUUUCAUUCUAAAGAAAGGAGAUGUUCCACCAAGGAAGGACCCAGUAACUACGCUGCAGCAUCUCCUGGGACCCCUUCCUCAGCUGAAAGUGUCAGGUCAUCUAUUGGGUCUACAGCUUAUGAGUGGUGGUAACGCCUACUUGCACUUACCAAUAUUAUAUGGACAGUGGGAAGGAUGGGACGGCAAACCUCUUGAUCAGCCACCUUUGUUCUACAUUGGAAUAACCGAGUCAACUGCCGACCUUAUCUCCAGUAUGUGUGAUGAAGUUUUAGAAACUGCCAAGUUAAUCACAGAGAAAUCGGGAGCCGAUAUGUCGGAGGUAGGUUCAGCUAAAAAGUUCAAUUACUCUAUUAUCCCGAUUCAAGAUUCACUCAUUAGUAUUCUUUCGUGAUUCUUUGAUGGGUGAAACUAACAGCAUUCGUUAAUAGGAGUGACGUGUGUGUGAAACCAACGAAAAAUGCCAAAUUCAUCGUGCUAGAGUUGUUGUAACUGCCUGUCAUUUUUCCCUGUAUGGGAGGGGAGGCGAGGGGAGGGAACAUCCCUUAUGCCUUAAGUGCCAAUCGAUGGCCUUUCAGUUCUGUUGAAAUAUAAUCAGGAGUUGCAUCUGAUUCUGCAGAUGCAUUUGUAUCCGACAGGUUCAUCACAUUUAUGAUUGGUUCAUGAGAGCCUAUCCUGAAGACAUUGCAGACAAGACCAACCUUUACACCGCAAUAAAAUCCAAUGCAGCUUACCAAGGGCUCAAACACCCAGUCAAGAAAACAGAGGACGGUAAAUAUCUACCAGAUUUUACAUACCGUUACAUGACCGAAGAUGUCCCAUAUGGCCUGGUGGUACUCAAAGGAAUUGCAGAAAUUGUGGGUGUCGAGACGCCGGAUAUUGAUAAAGUGUUGUUAUGGUGUCAAACAAAAAUGGGCAAAGAAUAUAUGGUGAACUCAAAGAUACAAGGCAAAGAUGUAGCUUCAUCUCGGGCGCCACAGAGAUACGGAUUCACCACUCUUGAAUCCAUCUUGUAGAGUGUAAUAAAUUCUGCUUUUAGCUCCUAGGAAGACAUGAUAUGACCGGCGUAUGUUGACUAGCGGUUCGAACAGUUUGAUGUUGUUGUUGUUGUUGUUGCUGAUUUUGAUUAGCAGAAGGGCUCCCAAAGGAGAUGAAAAUAAAUUAUUAAGUUGAAUAUUUGCUCUUUCAAAGUAGAUACCUGACUCAUGGUUAAAUUAGACGCAUUUUUGUAUUACGUGACCUCAGGUGAUCGGGUCGCGAGCUUACGAAAAGUGCGCGUGUCCCUUGCUCCGUGAAAAAUUGUCUUAUACAGUGAUUUCUCAAAAGUGGAAGAAAUAGUCCAGUUUCGAAUUCACCGAGGUCACUGGAUAGAAGCACUGAAGUCUCAUUUAUACGGGGUUAGCCUUGACCAAAGGUAAAUAUAUUCACAAAGUCCAAUCAGAAGAAGACCUGUGUACAACUGCGUCUCACGAUAAAUAUUCAUUCACUUAUAGUUUCUUUAAAUGAUGCCAUGUCAAACCUCGUCUUGGUUCUGGCCAGUAACCCAUGCUUAAUGUUCAGUUUCAGUUUUAGCGAAGAAAACAAUCUCGUACUUAAAGUCUUUUGGGUUUUUGGUCAGCGGGGCGACACCUUAUUUAUGAUUUUGGAAAAAAAGAAAACCGUCGGCGACGCAGGGUGACAAUGCGCAGGAAGCCAGGA